UAAAGCUCUGAAUUCCUAAAAAUACCAAUAUUUAUCACAUGCUUAAUUCAUGGAGUUGCAUUAUUAGUUUGUUGAAAUGAAUGACAGUUUUACUGUUCUUAAAAUUUAUGUAGUAAAGUGUAUGCAUAUGUUUCGUCAUUAUUUCAUCUCCAAUCAAGAAAUCAAUCUAAACUUCUAAUCUCAAACACGGUUUGGAUCUGUGAUGAAAACUGUUCUACAUUUAUAGAGACGUGAAAACUAUAACAUUUUCUAAAUAUGAGUAUUUUAAGGCAUUUAAAAACUAAGAAAGAAGUUGACGAUGCUAUUCGAACUAAUGAAGAAAAAGUUCUAGUGCUAAGAUUUGGGAACGAUAAUGAAAUUGGAUGUUUACAAAUCGAUGACAUUAUGUCUCGAUGUGCUGUUUUAUUAAGUGAAAUGGCUAUAAUUUGUACUAUCAAUUUAGAAGACGUUCCGGAAUAUGUGGAGUAUUUUGAUAUUUCUCACAUACCUGCCACAAUUUUCUUUUUUAAUAGUGUUCCCAUAAAAAUUGAUUCUGGAACUGAUGACAAUACAAAAUUUGUAGGACCUUUUCAGUGUAAACAAGAUUUUAUAGACUUAGUUGAAGUUGUGUAUAGAGGUGCAAUGAGAGGAAAACAUAUUGUUAACUGCCCUAUUGACAGGAGGCGGAUUUCAAACUAUCAGUUAUUGUUUAAAGACUUUUAAGAAUAAAAUAGUGAAAUUCUAAUGAUAAUCUUUUCUCACAAAAUUUUUAUUCUCAUUUUAUUCUUAUAACCCUUUCGAUUGAUAAUUUAUUAAUUUGUAUUUUAUUUGUGUAACACAUUUAGUGGUCAGUCAUAUUAUUUGGAUUACUUAUUCUUUAGUGUGUUUUAAAAUAUUAAUAAUAACCAAAUUUAUAGUUAUCGUUUCUCACUUAUGAAUAAAAUUUUGAUUAAAAAAAUUGAA